CCCCCCUGCUAUCCCUGGGAUUAACCAGGCACCAGUACCCAGUCACUGACACACUCUCAGACUGCACAUGAGACAUCAGAAAUCAUGCCCCAAGGUGCGUUUUCCAGCCCUCAAGAAGACUUCCUGGAGCCCACACAGAGGGGAGGCGAUGGAGCAGGGCCUGCGGGACUGCUGCCGCUCCAUCCGCAUCGGGAAAAUCCUGAUCCAGAGCGACGAGGAGACCCAGCGAGCCAAGGUGUACUACGCCAAGUUCCCCCCAGACAUCUACAGGAGGAAAGUGCUGCUCAUGUACCCGAUCCUCAGUAUUGGAUAUUAUGAAGAUGACUUCCUUGCAAGACCGUCGCAAGACAUGACUUUUCGGGCAUUAAAACAGGAUCUUUCAAACCUCAGCUGCUCUUGAUAAUGUCAGCAGUGAGGGGGAAACUGCAGAAAUGCUUAACCCUCCAUAACAUGGGAAGUCUGGUAUUCAAUUAAUUAAGGCUCACAUCGGAAAACAGGAACAUCUUAGUUUUCAUAGGGCUGUAUGUAGUACACAACACCAGGUGAGAGGGGAAACCUGCCAUAGAAACGUCCAUGGUUCGAGGUGGAGGAAUGCCCAUGUAUAGAGGGGAAGGAAU